GGUCCAUCCGAGUGGGCCAAGCAGUCAACAGCCGAUCCGAGAAUUAACAAGGAAAAUUAAUGAUUAACGUUCAGUUUAGAAUCUCCCAUUUUUUGUCCUUUCUCUCACUUUCUAAAUAUAAAAUCUCAAUGUUCGGAGGAGAGAAGCUCAUUUCCACAGAAAAAACAGGGACGUAAGAGAGAAGAGAGUCAAAGAAGCCUAACCAAUUUUUGAAUUCCUGAAUCGUAUGUUGUUUUCUUGCCUUUUUCCUCCCUGGUUUCUUGGAAUCCAAACGCCUUUAACGUUGUUCUUCGUAAGCCAACGGUUUAAGAGAGAAAGUUUUCAAACUUAGUAAAACAGAGAUUUUGAUUCGGAAAAAGUGUUGAAAUUAAAAAAUUAUUCGUUCAAUAGAGAAAAAAAAAAAGAAAGUUGAAAUAAAGAUGGCGCAAUUUGGAGUGAAACGGAGUGUUUUGAGAUCGAUAAUGUUGAAUUCCCUCAGCUUUGCUUUAGCUUUCACGUUAGUUUCAGCUGAGAGAAGCUUGAAGCAUGGAGAAUCCACCAAGGAAUCUGAAACAAAUUAUAAUUCUUUUCUCAAAGCUAUUAAUUUCUUCUGGCAAUCUAAUCAAUCAGGUUAUCACCAUGUUUGGCCUGAAAUGGAAUUUAGUUGGCAAAUUGUGCUGGGAAGUAUAAUUGGAUUCUUUGGAGCAGCGUUUGGGAGUGUAGGAGGAGUUGGUGGAGGUGGCAUUUUUGUUCCUAUGCUUAGCCUUGUUAUUGGGUUUGAUCCAAAGUCAGCCACAGCUAUUUCAAAAUGUAUGAUCAUGGGUGCAGCAGCUUCAACUGUUUACUACAACCUUAAGCUAAGGCAUCCUACACUUGAUAUGCCUGUCAUCGAUUAUGAUUUGGCUCUGCUUAUCCAGCCAAUGCUCAUGCUGGGAAUUAGCAUAGGAGUCGCAUUUAACGUGAUCUUUGCAGAUUGGAUGCUCACAGUUUUACUUAUCAUUCUCUUUAUAGGAACAUCAACAAAGGCAUUCUACAGGGGUGUUGAAACGUGGAAAAAAGAAACCUUACUGAAAAAGGAGGCUGCCAGGCGUUUGGAAUCAAAUGGUACUGGUAGUGGAGAUGUGGAAUACAAGCCUCUUCCUAGUGGCCCAAACAUUGACCUUCCGAAGGAUAACACAGACAAAGAAGUCACUAUUUGGGAGAACGUUUGUUGGAAAGAACUUGGGCUUCUUUGUUUUGUUUGGAUUGCAUUCCUUGUACUGCAGAUUGCCAAGAAUCAUACAGUUAUUUGUUCAGCAGUGUAUUGGGUGUUGAACUUGUUGCAGAUCCCUGUUUCACUUGGGGUAUCUAUUUAUGAAGCAGUUAGUCUGUAUAAAGGACGGAGAGUAAUUGCAUCCAACGGAGAUCAAGGCACAAAUUGGCGAUUGCAUCAGCUUGCUACCUAUUGUGCUUGUGGACUACUAGCCGGAAUUGUCGGUGGUCUACUUGGCCUAGGUGGAGGAUUUAUCAUGGGUCCACUAUUCUUGGAACUGGGUGUCCCUCCUCAGGUCUCGAGUGCUACUGCUACCUUUGCCAUGAUCUUCUCCUCAUCCAUGUCUGUUGUAGAAUAUUACCUUCUGAAACGAUUUCCCGUACCAUAUGCUCUCUACUUCACUGCUGUGGCUACCAUUGCUGCCCUUAUCGGCCAGCAUAUUGUCAGAAGACUGAUAAUUGUAUUUGGAAGGGCAUCUCUGAUCAUCUUCAUUCUAACCUUCACAGUUUUCGUUAGUGCGGUAUCACUAGGUGGUGCUGGCAUAUCAAACAUGAUAAGGCAGAUUGAGAGGAAUGAAUACAUGGGAUUUGAGAACCUCUGCAAGUAUGAAGGCUGACAUGUAAUUUUCUUUUUCUUUUUUCUCAUUUGAUCCCCUAAUUACAAUUAACCUGGUGUGUUAUUUGUUGUUUAAAAGCAAUAAAAAUUGCUUUCUGUUUGUACUGUUUCUUGGGCUACUCUCAUUUUUCACUUUCCAUGUUGUAUUUAACAAAGACUCUUGGGGAUGUUCCAAAAUGGAAAAAGAAACACAUGGACUUGUAGUGACAACAGAAUUUUUAA